AAACCUCAUUCACACUUGGAAGCUCUGCCUGCCUGCACUUGUAGCUGUGAGCUCUGGACACAAAGGUUUUCCUGUUGAGCUUGGGACCCCCUACUUCGCUGCUGUCACAGUCCGGAUAAUUGCUGGUUUGGUUCUCUUGUCUGUGGAACAUGGCAUGAAACGACUUCAGAGGUCUGUGGGUGCUACUCCUCAAGAGUUUUCUGUUAUUCAGAUCAGAAGCAAAAUCAUCAACAUCGGCUCAAGCAACAACAGAUCCACCAUGAGGAGAAGACAAGCUAUAAGGCUGUCCAGAUGAGCGAGGAGGGGCCACCAGCUGGCGAGUACCAGGGCCCACUCAUGGUACUGGCCCAGAACUGCGCUGUGAUGCACAACCUACUGGGGCCGGCUUGUAUCUUCCUUCGGAAGGGCUUCGCAGAAAACAGGCAGCCAGAUAGAGAGCUGCGCCCAGAAGAAAUAGAAGAACUGAGAGAAGCCUUCAAGGAGUUCGACAAGGACAGGGAUGGCUACAUCAAUUGCCGGGACUUGGGCAACUGCAUGCGUACCAUGGGUUACAUGCCAACCGAAAUGGAGUUGAUUGAAUUGUCCCAGCAAAUCAACAUGAACUUGGGCGGCCAUGUCGAUUUUGAUGACUUUGUGGAGUUGAUGGGACCAAAGCUUCUGGCAGAGACGGCCGACAUGAUUGGGGUCAAGGAGCUACGCGAUGCCUUCAGGGAGUUUGAUACCAAUGGCGAUGGAGAAAUCAGCACCAAUGAACUACGAGAAGCAAUGAAGAAGCUGCUUGGGCAGCAAGUGGGACACCGAGACAUAGAAGACAUAAUACGGGAUGUAGACCUGAAUGGAGAUGGGCGCGUGGAUUUUGAAGAGUUUGUCAGGAUGAUGUCCCGCUGAAGGGACGGCUUGGGCUGAAAUGGACUCAGCCCCUGAGGAUAGUAGAAGAGGGCCUGAAAUGGAGUGUCUCGCCCCUAUGUUCCUAUGCAAAGGUUUGACGCCCUGGCUGCGUUCGAGACAGGGUCCCGAUGCCGACCUGCCUCUCUGACCCAAGUGGCCCUGCUGCUCCUUCACCUCUCCACACUGUGAAAGACUCCUGUCUCCUGAAACUGGAAGGGCUCCUGGGAGAAGCCAAGCAUGGAAAAGCUGCGCUCCAGAGCCAGCUGCAGAGUGCUUGCAACUGAAGCCGCUGCCGUUGCCUCCUCCCCUACCUUCCCGGCUUUUAUUCUUCCAGCAAAGUGAAGGGGGAUGUUCUCUUGAACUGGCGGCUUGCUGUAAAGCCACCUGGAUUGGUGCCUGCCAUGGACUGUCCUCUGGCCCUAUAUUCCUUGGUGAACUGUUGGCCGCUGUCCCCUGCCUUGUGUUUCCAGAUCUGUAAAUAAUUAUUUAUGCCUCUCCCUCCCUUGGAAUGUUUUUUUGCCUCCCUGUGGUUAUGUUCA